UGUGUGUGUGUGUGUGUGUGUGUGUGUGUGUGUGUGUGUGUGUGUGUGUGUGUGUGUGUGUGUGUGUGUGUGUGUGUGUGUGUGUGUGUGUGUGUGGCGCGGCGCGAUGAUAAACUGUGGAUAAGGAAGACCAGCUAUAAACAGUCUCUGCCAAUGUGCUCCAGAAUAGAUGGGAUGUAUUUAUAUUUCGAGUCUGUCCAAUAAAUCUGCCACAAGGAAAUUUAGUUCUCACCAAAAAAAAGGGACUCUCCAUCACUGGCCACAGAGAAAUGAAAAUAUGAUGGGGAAUUUAUGGAUGAGUAAUUAAAUCCAUAGAGAUGACUUUCUGCAGAUUUCAUUGAUUCAGGUAUUUAAAUUGUUUGGCUGUAGUGAUUAUAGUCUGCAUUGUGACAUAGGAGGGUCGGGAUUCAGCGUAUAAUUUUCACACAUAGAAUUACAUAUACACAAACGUAUUCUUAUGUUUUAAUGUGUCUUAACCAGAGAAAAAGGUCUGGAGACCAAAUGUAGCCUGAGGAUUUGUGACAAGGUAAAAACAUGCGCCGCCUGGUGGUGACAACCUAAAAAUACACUCUGAAAAUAUUAUCGAUAACGAAUAAUCAAACAUAUGAAAUCGUUAUAGGAAACCGUUGAGUCAAAAGUUUGCGUAUUUUGGUAAAAUUAUUAUCAUCAUUAUUAUUAUUAUUAUCUUGCUUUUUCAAGUGCGUACAUAAACACAGAUAAAAUAUAUGGAUAUAUACACUAUGAUACGCGACAUCUAUAUUGGCACUUAUGUUUUUGUUGACAAAGGUUUUCUGCUAUGAAUAACUAAUUUAAAAAAAAGAAAAUUUCGAAAAUUGUGUCAAGGUGUUUAAAGAAUAGAAAAUGCGCCAAUGAAAUGUAUUGAUGAAAUAUAUUGAAACAAUAAAGUAUAAGGGGAAAAUUAACCCAAACUUCCUCUGUUGGAAAAAAGUCUUUAAAAUUUUAGAGAUUAAAUAGAAUAGUCAUUAAACUUAGUAUGAUGAAAUUAUGUAUGUCUUUCUCCCCUUACUCAUUUUUUAAAACAAUAAAUAAAAACAGAAUAAAAACAAAAACACAAAGUCAGUGGCAGCAGUUUUCCAAAUAAAGUGAGAUAAAAAGUUCUAAAAGUUCUGUUCAUAGAAAAAGAAAAUGUUUUUAAACGUGAUGUAAAUUAAUACACUUUCCAUAUCCUGGUUUGUAAUUAACCUGUGAAUCGAUCACAGGUGCGUCGAGUGGUCAAAACGUUACUCAGCCAAUCAGAGGAGAGGCGGAAGUGCCCCGCCCUCAGGAGGAGUGCAGGUAGGCGCGAGCUCAGCGGAUGAUAUCAGAGGGAACAACCCCCCUUUAUGAUUUAAUGAAUAUCAUUAUUAUAAUAAUAUACAACAGUGAACUGGCGGAGGAGUGGUCCACGUGUCUGUGCGUCGACGGGGCUUCCUCUCCGGUGACCUUCUGUCUGUCCGGUUCACGGUCUCCAGGGCAGAGUUAUUUUAAACCACCGGACAGAUGAUACCGUGUGUGUCGGUAACCGACUGACCAUGGCGGCGCUAAGGUUCGGUUUAACCCUGGUCCGACAUGGGGAGACGCAUUACAACAAAGAAGGACUUCUACAAGGUCAGACUAUAGACGCUCCCCUCUCGGAGACCGGGCUGCAGCAGGCGGAGGCUGCGGGCCGCUACCUGAAGGACGUCACGUUCAGCAACGUGUUUGUCAGCGAUAUGCUGCGAGCCCAGCAGACGGCUGAAACGAUCGUGAAACACAACAGCAGUUGUUCUGGUCUAGAAAUAUCACGGGACCCUUUGCUCAAAGAAAGAAGCUUUGGAGUAGCAGAGGGUGGACGAGUGACGGAUUUCAAAGAGAUGGCCAAGGCUGCCGGUCAGACGCUGCCGGGCUUCACUCCUCCGAAGGGGGAGACGCAGGAGCAGGUGAAGGAGCGGGUCAGAGAGUUCGUGGAGAAAAUGCUCCAGCGAAUGGGGGACGAGCACUGGCAUCACAGCGGGGAGGACGAAGCGUGGUCGCCCGCUGUGGAGGGGAAGCCGGACGACGGGCUCAGGGGCGUUCCCGUCCACGCGUUGGUCAUCACCCACGGAGCCUACAUGCGCGAGGCCGUGCAUUACAUUGUGGACGAGUUGCACUGUCCUUUGCCCGUGGGCUCCGACAGAGCACACGUGUUCUCUUUGAGUCCAAACACGGGUAUGUGUCGGUUCAUACUCACCGUGAGAAAACGGUUAGACGACCGCUUCGAGUUGUCGGGGAUCCGCUGCGUGUUCGUCCACAGGGGAGAACAUGUGAGACAGUAGAGAGGACAGAGGAAGGAAGGAAGGAAGGAAGAUGGUUGUGUAGGACGCGUAGGAGAAGGUGAGGGGAGAAAGUUGGAAAUAGAACCUGCUGAGACUGUUACUGAAAAAUGACUAUGUUGACAAUUAUUUUAAAUCCAUUACUUUAGGGCUGGGCUGCACGGUGGCGUAGUGGUUAGCGCUGUCACCUCACAGCAAGAAGGUUCUGGGUUCGAGUCCCGGUUCAAACCAACCAGGGCAUUUCAGUGUGGAGUUUGCAUGUUCUCCCCGUGUAUGCGUGGGUUCUCUCCGGGUUCUUCCUCCCACAGUCCAGAGACAUGCAGAAUGGGGUUAGGUCCAUUGAAGACUCUUAAAUUGACCGUAGAUGUGAAUGGUUGUCCGUCUCUGUAUGUGGCCCUGUGAUAGGCUGGCGAACCCCGCCUCUCGCCCAAUGUCAGCUGGGAUUUGCUCCAGCCCCCCCGCGACCCUUAAGUGGAUUUAGUGGUAGACGAUAGUUCAGGGCUACAACUGCGACGAUUAUUUUCAUAAUCGAUGAAUCUGUUGAUUAUUUUCUCGAUUAAUCGAUUAGUUGUUUGGUCCAUAAAAUGUUGUUAAAUUGUGAAAAAACACAGAUAUAAUGUAAAUAUAUAAUGU